CAAGAUCUGUUUUGUUUUUCCUCCUCCAUAUCACAAGGAGGCAGCUAGAGACCCUUUGAAGUUUCUGAUCUUUUCAGUUUCUUUUGUGAAUUAAAAAAAAAAAGAAAGGAAAGAGGACCCUUUCAAGCUCUUUGAGAUCUGAGCAUUACAAUCUCAGGAUCAUACUGAGGAAAGAUAAGAUGGGGAAGAAAGGAAAAUGGUUGUCUUCUCUAAAGAAAGUCUUCAGCCCAGAGUCCAAGGACAAGAAAAACCAGAAAUCAAAAGAACAGUCUUUGGAGAAGCAGGUGCAUUUGGGUCCCAGUGGUCCUGAUGCAGCCACUUUAGAAACUGUCAAAUUGUCCCCUCCUUCUCAGCCCGAGGAGGUGAAAUUAUUUGAAGCAGAGGCUGAACAGACCGAGCAGACUUACCCUGUGGCAGUUGCCACUGCUACUGCUGAUGCUGUUGCUCCUGCUGCUCCAGCUCAGGCUACUGUAGAGGUUGUUCCACGUCAACUUAAUACAGGUGCUAGGUUUGCUGGAAAAUCUAAGGAGGAAGUGGCGGCAAUCAAAAUUCAAACCGCUUUCCGAGUUUACCUGGCAAAAAGAGCAUUGCGAGCUUUAAGAGGACUGGUCAGGCUGAAAUCAUUGAUGGAAGGGCCUGUGGUCAAACGGCAAGCAGCUAAUACCCUUCGCUGCAUGCAAAUGCUUUCUCGUGUGCAGUGUCAGAUUCGUACUAGGAGAAUUAGGAUGACAGAAGAAAAUCAGGCUCUUCAGAGGCAACUUUUGCAGAAACAUGCAAAAGAGCUUGUAAACUUGCAGAUGGGGGAAGACUGGGAUGACAGACUGCAGUCAAAGGAACAAAUUGAGGCAAGUUUACUGAGCAAGCAUGAGGCCGCUAUGAGAAGAGAAAGGGCCAUGGCGUAUUCAUAUACUCAUCAGCAAACCUGGAAGAAUGCUUCAACAUCUAUGAAUCCAUCAUUCAUGGAUCCAAACAAUCCCUCCUGGGGUUGGAGCUGGUUGGAACGAUGGAUGGCAGCCCGGCCAUGGGAGGGUCGUGGCAUGACAGAAAAAGAACAGAACAAUGAGCAGGCAUCCCUAAAGAGUGCAUGCAGCAACUUUGGAGGAGAAAUCAGCAAAGCUUAUGCUCGCUACCAACUAAAUUUGGAUAAGCAAUCCCCAAAGGCCAGCCAAAAGCCAAGCCAAACUUCAAGUCUCCUAUCCCCUUCUACUCCCAAGCCAGCUUCAACACCUGCCCGAAAGCUGAAACAGGCAAGCCCUAGGAGCAGAGUGGUUGGUCCUGAUGAUGACGCAAGGAGCAUACUCAGUGUCCAGUCAGAACGAAACCGCAGACACAGCAUUGCAGGCUCCUCAGUGCGUGACGAUGAGAGCCUAGCAAGCUCUCCAUCACUUCCAAGUUACAUGGUACCAACUAAGUCCGCAAGAGCCAAGACCAGGUUGCAGAGUCCCUUGGGACUAGAAGCUAAUGGAACACCCGAGAAGGGGCCUAUUGCUUCUACCAAGAAACGGCUUUCUUAUCCACCUUCACCAGCCAGGCCAAGGCGGCACUCCGGUCCUCCAAAAGUAGACAGCAACAUGACUAAUAUAGAAGUUGCUAUCACGAAUGGAAAGGCCAGUUAGUUUUUCUAAUUAAAAAGAGAUUGAAGGAAAGCAAACAUUAUAUGGCUGUGGAGAAGUCCAAAGGAGCAAAAACAGGCAGGAAGAGACAUGAAGCAAAGAGGAAAAUUCUAGUCAUUUGAUUUCUGAAGUUUUAAUUCAUUGUUUGCUCGGAUUAGCUGUCAUCUAAAAAUUCCUUCUCAUACAUCUUUUUUUUUUAAUUUAUUUUUAUGCCUUCAGGUGACAGAAUGAUAGUUGUGAUUGACAGCAAAUCAUGUCCAAAUUUAGUUUAUUGAAAUUUCUUAUGGUGUUUGCAUUUUUUAUUUUAUUUUAUAAAAGAGACAGUAGUUUG